AUGGACAAUGAGAAAGAUGUAGGGACUACUGAAGACACCUUUACUGAGCUGGCUUCAUCAGAAAAUGGCCAUUUUUUGAUAAUUCAGAUUACUUACAUGUCACUGAACACAUACAUUGUAAUAGGCUGUCUUCAGAAUGUACCACAAGAAGUGGUGGAACUUGACCUUGCAAUCUGCCUGCUGGAUGAUAACUUUUUAGUGACCCUCCCAACUGCUCUGAAAGAGAUGGAUGGUUUAAGUGUUCUAACGGCCUCCAACAAUAUGAUGCGAAUUUUUCCAUACAAUUUGUUUCCAUUACAUGAAUUUGCUUUGGAUUUGUCAAAUAAUCCAUUCACUUCACGCUAUUUUGUGAUACCAGAUAGACCUCAGAAGUACGAACCACCAUCUCUCAAAGAACUUGCUGCCCGAACUGUGGUUGACUACAGGUAA